UAAAGGUAUUUUGCUACUGGUAGUGACGAUAGCUUAGCUCAUAACCAAGUCAGUAGAUGAGCUUUUACCUUCUCCGUUCCAGGGGGCUGGUAUGCUCCAGAGUGCUACAGGCUAGAAGCCUUGCUACUAUAGUUCAAGAUGAGAAUAAAAUAAUCUACAAUAAUGACAUAAAGGAUCUGAUAAAGAAGUCGUUCACGAACUUCAAGAACAAAAUCAAGCUUAACAACGUCAACAAAUUCAGCUACGAUGUGCUAAAGCAAAAAUACGACACAGAAUUUUUGAAAGUAAACAUGAACACCCUUUUGAGGAAAGUCUCCGACGUGGAAACGAAAGUUUUAACGCUAUCAAAUGAGCAUAUUAAGUUUGAAGAGUUGAAAAGAACACUCCCGUCAAUAAUGCCAUCUUUCAUAAUACCCCAAACAUUUACUCUUUACAACACUGCUGCUUAUUUGUUGUCCGAGGAUUCAGACUUAAACCAAGUCCCAGUCAAGAUUAAAGAUGCCGACUCAAUAUCGAAAUCUGAAAAAGUUGACUAUAUCAUGGACUUACUUGUUGAGAAACUGAUGUAUAUGAAAUUCAAACCUUACUACUUGCAAAAUGUUUUCAAUGACAGAAGUAAUAAUCAAAACUACAAUCAGAAUCUUACGAUAAACAUUAUGGACGUUGAUAAUCCCUGCGAAUGGUUUCCCCAAGCCAGGAAAAUCAAACGUAAAUUCAUCAUGCACGUUGGGCCCACAAACAGUGGUAAAACGUAUAACGCAUUGAAAAGAUUGGAAAACUGCUCAAAGGGCUAUUUUGCAGGACCUUUGAGAUUACUCGCUAGGGAAGUGUACGAAAAAUUUCAGGAGAGGGGUGUUAGAUGUAAUCUUGUUACAGGUGAGGAAGUCGUGGUUGAUAUUGAUGAAAAUGGAAAUAGGGCAGGCUUAACUUCAGGUACAAUUGAAAUGCUUUCAUUGAGUGACACAUAUGAUGUUAUUGUCGUUGACGAAAUUCAAAUGAUUGGGGACGAAUUCAGAGGAUCUGCAUGGACAAACGCCAUUUUGGGGGCAAAAGCAAAAGAGAUUCAUUUAUGUGGUGAAAAAAGUGCUAUCCCUCUGAUUGAAAAGCUAGUUAAAAUGACCGGUGAUGAUUUGGUUAUCAAUGAAUAUAACAGAUUAGGUAAACUAGUGGUCGAUGAAGAUCCUGUCAGCAUUCAUGAUCUUAAAAGAGGUGAUUGCAUCGUCUGUUUCAGCAAGCCUGUCAUCUUGGAUAUGAAAGCACAUGUUGAAAAACAAACAGGGUUGAAGUGUGCCGUGAUCUAUGGCGCGUUACCACCUGAAACUAGAGCACAAGAAGCACAAAGGUUCAAUAAUGGCGAGUACGAUGUUGUCGUUGCUUCAGAUGCUAUUGGUAUGGGGCUGAAUCUUAAAAUCAACAGAGUCAUCUUUACGACUACUCAAAAGUACAAUGGUAAGACAAAUAUAACAUUGUCCGAUUCCAAUAUCAAACAAAUUGGCGGACGUGCCGGUAGAUUUGGUGUUGGAGAGGGUGAAGGUCAUAUUACCGCUAUUUCUAAGGAUGAGUUACAUGUCAUUAAAAGGGCGAUUGAUGCCCCAGUGACAUUUUUGAAAAAAGCAGCACUUUGGCCACCUGAUGGAAUGUGGGUUAGAUACUAUUCCAUGUUUACAGAGGAAACAGAUUUGAACACCAUGUAUCGUAAGUUUGAAACUGAUCUAUCGAAGCAUUUUAGGAAAACAAAACACAUUGAGAGAGACUUUGUUCUUCAAUCCCUAGAUGACAGAAAAGCCGUGGGAAAGUUUUUCGAAAAAGAACAUCUUACCAAAAAGUUUUAUAUUCAAGAUCAACUUAAAUGCAUUGCUUGCCCAACCACAAUUACUGGAGCCCCAACCAGAGCACUGAAACUAGUCACUGAUGAUUUAUUCAAACAGUUCAUGCAAACAAUCAUCAACAGAAGUAGGAAGUCUAUUUUUGAUUUUGAGUCCAUGCCUUUUUAUGUCACAACCAGUGAUGAUAUUAAGGACAAACCAGUUUUACAAAAUUCAAAGGCCUACACACAUGGAUCUGAGAACUCAGAAGUAGAGCCCGUCCCAUCAAAUUUGAAGGGUGAGAUUAUUGAUAGAAUAAAAAAAGCUGAAGUCAAAGAAUUCCAGACCUUAAGAACUCCUGUAAAUAAAAUAGUUCCGGUUGAAGAGCGUUUGAUGAAAUUAGAGCAAUUUCAUAGAGCAACGGGAACAUAUAUGUGGUUGGCUUAUAGAUUUCCACAAUGCUUCACCGAUCUCCAAUCUGCCACUAAGUUAAGGGAAUUGAUUGAAUAUAGGAUCUCUGAGAUGUUGAGUAACUUAAGAGCUUCUAACAAGUUGAAUAAGAAAAGGUUCAAAACAUUCUGAUCCUUAUUCUUGAUCCCCAUCCUACCUUGUACAUAAAUAUAUUCUUUAUAUUAAAUCCUAAUGAGCGAAAAUUUUGUGCACAUUUACCUAAAACAGUACACACAUUACUCUAUAUAUUCCAGCCAUCUCUUUCCAUAUCCCCCGAUUUAAUAAAUGGUUCGUCAAGCUCGUUUAUCUUCAUAUCCGAACACAAGCAACAGGACCUUGAAAGU